AUGCCUGUCUUACGGAAUGCCGACCAAUUACGGUGUUCGGAAGGCUUUGACGGGGUAGAACUAGCUCCCCUCCUCCCCUCAGAGGCGUUCCCUUGCGGCAGAGGCGCUCGUGAACUCCGAUACGGCGAUACCUGCUUUGAACCGAACGCCAAGACCUCUCGCGCACUCAUAUUGAUGUCCGGAAUGACGUUUCUGCAUGCUGACGAAGCGAUACAGUGGCGAUUCAGGAACGACCUGACUCACUCAUCAAGAGGCGGCUCCCAUUCAAGCCAAGACUGCCAAGCCGGGAAAUCGUCCAUCGGCCUCGACAUCCAGCGGGGCUUCAAUCAAAGCAGCGCAUCCGAUGGUCUGUCGACAGGCGCCAAAGCUGGUGUAGGUGUCGGUGUAGCGAAGAGACUUGAGGCCGGAGCAGUUCUUAUCUUCGCAGUCCAUUUCUGGCUUUGGCGAAGGAGAUCGUCUCAACAACGCAUCCCUCUGAGCCAGAAUAAUGAGCCAUACAUACGACCGCAGGAAUUAGAUGCCAGUCCGGGCGAAAAGAGCGAACUGGCAUCUAAGGAUCAGAACUGGCCAGCAGAAGCACCUACCUAUCGCGAGCCUGCUGAGCUGCUGGAUAAUGGGUAUGGACGACGCUCCGUAGAAUACCACGACUGGAAAGCAUCAGCCCUCACGACGCAAGAGCAUAUUGCAAUACUCCAGCAGCACAAACUGCGCAAGACUGAGUGUCAUCAGGCGCACGUCCUGACUUCCUUCUGGCCUUUCACCUAA